AGUCAACCGACUACAAGAUUUAUAAACGAGUUGUUUUUUGUGGGAGAAUAUAUUUAUACUAGUGAACUGACGAUCAAAAAUGUAAGUGAUGAAGAUGUUGGUGAAUACAAGUGCUAUUUCUAUGGCUCCAGUGUCCCCCAAAUUGCAAAAGCCAAUCUCCAAUUGCAUGCUAAGAAAUAUUUGAACGUGACUAUGAAAAGUCUGAAGGGUCUCGACGGUAUCAAGAAAGAAUUGGGUAGAAGUCUUGGUCAAUAUAUACCUAUUUAUGCUUAUCCGUAUCCGACGAUUAAAUGGCUUGACCCUAAAGGAAAUGAAAUUCACAACGAUUGGAAACCUUGGAAUCACCAUUUCAACGGCGAAUAUAUUGUCGUACGCUUAAGUAAGAACAAUCUCACUCUAGAUGACGAAGGAAACCAUACUUUAAUAAUAUCCAAUCCAGCGAAGACAGUAACUCAUUCUUUCUUUGUCACUAUCAUAACCAAGCCUAAGAUCAUAAACCAGCCAAAAUCCAUACCAUUUAACGAAGUUUUACAAAAUUUUUCGGUUAGUGCCGAUUGUGAAGCAGAAGGAAAACCAGUGCCAAGAAUAUCGUGGAAUUACACAAAUAAUUUAUACAAUAUGGAGAAAAACUCACCGGAAGACUCAGUUAAGAUAACUUCGACCGCUGAUGGGGUUAACAAAAUAAAAUCGGAGAUCGAGGUCAAUGUGCAAAAAACCGGAAAACUUAUCUGUAAAGCGUGCAAUGAAGCUGGCUGUGUAUCUUCUGUUGCCAAAAUUAUCAAUGUACCAGUGUCUAUGAAAGUGGGGCCCGGAGUCCCAACGACCUUUAGAAGUAUUUCGUUGACUGUAGGAGACCCACUCACUAUAGAGUGUAAAAGUUCUAAGAAUAUGACAUUUUUCUCCCCCGAGUUCAAUAAAAAGGUUGUGACAUCAAAAGAAAAUCUAAAGGACACGAUGGUAAACAAUGGGCCUAUUGUAAAAUUUGAACUUCGGCAGACAGUCUACAGAGACAGUGGAUGGUACGGAUGUGCAAACCUGCCCAUGAAAUACUUCACGCCAGCUCAGACGACCGACCACUUGUUCAUUGAGGAUCCGUUCCUUUACCAAGACAGCAAAGGUAAAUAUUACGUCAAUGGAGAAGUGGGUAAGGAUGUUCUUCUGCCUUGCCGACCAUCUUCACCAAACUAUCAAGUAAAACUGUAUUCCGCUGGCAAAGUGAUCGAUGCAGAAUUUGAUCCAAUAAAAGGGAUGAUGAUAAAAAAUCUGACAGCUAACAGCCCGAUAGAUUACGCUUGCGUCAUUCAACUGGAUAACGGGUUGAAGAAAUCAAUGGACUUUGAAAUCGAAAAACCUGAUCGACCAAACGAUUUAGAAAAGCCGAAAAUUGUAACGAGAUCUCUUAACAACACGAUAAUUGGUGGAACUAUCGAAAUUGAUUGCACGGUUUCUGUCUGGAGUAACAACGACUACAUUCUAACUUGGGUAAUGCCUCUAAAG